CGUCCGAUCUUUCCGUGUUGUUUUCCAAGAAACGAUGACACAUACCAAAUUAGACAGCGAUCGAACCUUGCUCUACACCCCCCCUAAUUCGCCCUCGAUCUCCUAUGAAGUCACUACCAUCUAUUAUCGAGCCGGUUAUUCCCCCGAUGACUACCAUGGCCCACAGGAUUGGAGUGCCAGGUUGCACUUGGAGAAAAGCAAAGCGAUAAAGUGUCCUAGCUUACUCACGCAUCUUGCUGGGUGUAAGAAAGUACAGCAAGUGCUGGCAACGCCCAAUUCUCCUCAUCUGAAGCGCUUCCUGCCAGAUGACCAGGUGGCGUCAAAAGUGUUGGCUACAUUCGCUCCGAUCUAUCCACUGGACCAGAGCGAAGCGGGGAAGGAGGCGCGGAAGUUGGCGCAGAGCCCCGACUCUGCUUCUCGGUAUGUGCUCAAGCCACAGCGUGAGGGGGGUGGAAACAAUAUUUAUCGAAAAUCGAUACCCCCUUUCCUUCAGAAACUUCCAGAGACACACUGGCCAGCGUACAUUCUGAUGGAGAUGAUCGAGCCGCCUCCGCUCAAGAACGCCAUCCUUCGCAAUGGAGAAAUUCAACGAGGUGGAGUCAUUGUAGAACUUGGAGUCUACGGGGUGUGUUUGUGGAAGGACAACGGCGAGAUAUUGGAGAAUCUGGAAGCGGGGUACCUACUCCGGACCAAAGGUGAUCAAAGCGAGGAAGGCGGUGUAGCCGCUGGGUUCGGGGCCGUUGACAGUUGCUGCUUGAUAGACAGAUGAAAACACUUUCCCAUAUACACGUACACAUGGAACGGACGUCAGAUGUCAACAGCUCGAAACCACGGUCCAGGCAAUGACAGCCGGAAUAUCCUUUUCGCUACAUGAAUUUACUUGUUAUAUGAGUGUGAAGAUGGGAUUGAUGCAGCAAGAUGGAACUGUGUCAGAGGGGGAGAGGGCAUAUGAUGUCGAAUAAACAUGGCUGCUACCGCUGCUUGCUCAUGUUUCAUAACCAGGUUUUGCUUUUGGUCCCACCACGAUGCAAGGCGAGAAAAUCUCUGAGACGUCCGAGACACGUAAUUAAGAUGGCGAACCGAGCGAGGAUACCCGGGUGGAGGCCCUUUGGUGGGAGGACGUGCGAAUCGAUAGGAAAGCUUGGGCACAGAGCUGGAUCUUCAGCGCCAGGGCAGAUCGGAUCAGUGUACCAGCAGUGGAUGAC